AAGUCUUCAUGAGGGCAGUGGAGGCUAUAAAAUUUCUUGGACAGCGGUGUGGUGUGGUGACGCCCCAGCCUACUGGUAUUUAAACUGACUGCGCAGCUUCUCUUCACAUCAUCCCACACCACAACUCCACACAUGGAGGUCUUCGUACUGCUAACUUUGGCUACGUGUGCUGCCGCUUUUCCUCUGGAGCAGCAAGUGGUAGAAACCCAAGUCUUAAGUAAGGUUUCUACCGCCACCUACAACCAGUUGUGGGUAAAUGCCCAUCCCCCAGAUAUUCCCGCUGAUGAGCCUGCUCCAGAAACCUUUGCACCUCUCGAAAAAGCCACCGUAGAAGUUGUUAGCGAUGAGGGGUCUCCCGUCCCCAAAGAAACCCCCGCAGAAGACACUGCCCCCGAGAGUAACCUAAUUCCCGAAGUCCCAUCAGAUGUUACUCCUGAGAGUUUCCCACAUCCUGAAGAAGUCAUCCCGGAAAUCACUCCUCCAGAGGGUUACCCAUUGCCUGAAGAAUUCCCCCCGGAAGUCAUUCCUCCUGACAGUUCCCCACCCCUUGCAGAAGUUCUUCUAGAAAUCACUCCUGAGAGUUUCCCACCUGAAGUUCUCCCAGAAGUUAUUCUUGAGAAUUUCAGAACUGAAGAAGUUCCCGUAGAAGUCUCCCCUAAGAGUUCAACACCUCAUGAAGAAGGUCUCCCGGAAAUCACACCUCCUGAGGGUUACCCACUUUCUGAUGAAGAGCUACCGGAAGUCACUCCUGAGAUUCUCCCACCUGAUGAAGUCCCCCCAGAAGUCAUUCCUGAGAGUCCCCUAUCUCUUGAAGAAGUCCCCCGGGAAGUCACUCCCCCUGAGAGCUUUCCUCCUGAAGAAGUCCCCCCAGAAGUGACUCCUCCUGAAGAAGUCCCUCUGGAAGUCACUCAUCCUGAAGAAGUCCCCCUGGAAGUCUCUCCUCCUGAGGGUUCCCCACUUCGUGAAGAAGUCCCCUCGGAAGUCACUCCUGAAGAAGUCCCCCCGGAAUUCACACCUCCUGAAGAAGUCCCCCCGGAAAUCUCUCCUCCUGAGAGUCCCCCACCUCGUGGAGAAGCCCCCCCGGAAUUGACUCCUCCUGAAGAAUUCCCCCCGGAAGUCUCUCCUCCUGAGGGUCCCCCACCUCGUGAAGAAGUCCCCCGGGAAGUCACUCCCCCUGCGAGCUUUCCUCCUGAAGAAGUCCCCACGGAAGUGACUCCUCCUGAAAAAGUCCCCACGGAAGUCACUCCUCCUGAAGAAGUCCCCCGGGAAGUCACUCCCCCUGAGAGCCUUCCUCCUGAAGAAGUCCCUCCGGAAGUGACUCCUUCUGAAGAAGUCCCUCUGGAAGUCACUCACCCUGAAGAAGUCCCCCUGGAAGUCUCUCCUCCUGAGGGUCCCCCACUUCGUGAAGAAGUCUCCUCGGAAGUCACUCCUGAAGAAGUCCCCCCGGAAUUCACACCUCCUGAAGAAGUCCCCCCGGAAAUCUCUCCUCCUGAGAGUCCCCCACCUCGUGGAGAAGCCCCCCCGGAAUUGACUCCUCCUGAAGAAUUCCCCCCGGAAGUCUCUCCUCCUGAGGGUCCCCCACCUCCUGAAGAAGUCCCCCCGGAAGUGACUCCUCCUGAAAAAGUCCCCCCGGAAGUCACUCCUCCUGAAGAAGUCCCCCGGGAAGUCACUCCCCCUGAGAGCUUUCCUCCUGAAGAAGUCACCCAGGAAGUCACUCAUCCUGAAGAAGUCCCCCCGGAAGUCUCUUCUGCGAGGGAUCCCCACCUCGUAAAGAAGUGCCCCCCGAAAGUCACUCCUCCUGAAGAAGUCCCCCUGGAAGUCUCUCCUCCUGAGGGUCCCCCACUUCGUGAAGAAGUCCCCUCGGAAGUCACUAAUGAAGAAGUCCCCCCGGAAUUUACCCCUCCUGAAGAAGUCCCCCCGAAAUCUCUCCUCCUGAGAGUCCCCCCACCUCGUGGAGAAGCCCUCCCGAAUUGACUCCUCCUGAAGAAUUCCCCCCGGAAGUCUCUCCUCCUGAGGGUCCCCCACCUCGUGAAGAAGUCCCCCGGGAAGUCACUCCCCCUGCGAGCUUUCCUCCUGAAGAAGUCCCCACGGAAGUGACUCCUCCUGAAAAAGUCCCCACGGAAGUCACUCCUCCUGAAGAAGUCCCCCGGGAAGUCACUC